AGUCGCGCCGCGCCGCACAGACACCUCGCACGCCGCAUCCACGCGUGCCUUUAAACGGCGCACGCGCACGCGAUUCCCCGCCGCGCCCUUCCCAAACACGUGCUUCUAAGUGGCCCCAUGAUUACAACUAACUGCUCAUCAUGCAAGAGCAAAGUUCGUCGCGUUCAAGUAAAUCCACUCUGAACUCCUUGGAAAGCGCAAUCAUUAAGCUGAAAAACAACCUGCAAAUUCAAGACAGUAAAACUACUGACAUGAGCGGACUGCUGGCCAUCGACCCACCAUCUCCGCAUGCGGAUACCAAAAUUAAUACAAGUAAGAAUGCUAGUUCAUCCUCUACCCCAAAUAUAAACUUGUCUGUAGCGUCAGCCGCACUAUUACAAGAAAAUAUGCUUCAAAGAUCAUUACAAGGUGUAGUUAUAUCCUUGCAAAAUGCAAUGAUGAAUUCAUUGCAACAAGCUGCAUUACUACCAUCUAAUUCUGCUGCAGCAGCCGCUCUUAACCUACAAGCGCUUGAAUCUUAUUUGACGUUACAAAGAUUAACCUCCGUUUCAACUGUAAGUAAUACUAGCCAAACGAAUACAACAGAAAAUAAUCCUUCUCCAAAGCAAGAUAUAUUAAGGAUAGCAACGGCAAGUGCAAAAAUAAAUGAAGUUGAUUCGUCUGACAAUGCUUCUAGAGAACUCUCACCAAAAACCCCAGAGGAAUAUCCCAUAAAUGACGCUAUAGCGGCUGAAGACGUUGAUUUAUCGGAAGAAGUAGAAGAAGAUUUAGCUUUACUCGACAAUGAAGACGAAUUUACUUUAGAACAACACUUGGAAUCUACAUCGAAAGGGUAUGGCUAUAGCUCACAAAAUUUAGAUAAUGGAUAUCCAAGCUUGUUAAUGAAUGCUAUGUACCAACAACAGAUGAGUGGUAGUCCGUCACAAGCACCUUUAUCGCCUCAAGCGUCGAACUCAUCCAGUUCAAAGUCAACAAAUAGUUCAACCUCUUCAACUGGUAGUAGUAUAUCCAAUAAACAGAAGACAACUGGAAGUGGUCCACGUACGAAGAAGCAAUUCAUCUGCAAGUUUUGUAAUCGCCAGUUCACGAAAUCAUAUAACCUGCUUAUACACGAAAGAACCCACACAGACGAGCGACCUUACUCUUGCGACAUCUGUGGGAAAGCUUUCCGACGGCAGGAUCACCUUAGAGACCACAGGUACAUCCAUUCAAAAGAGAAACCUUUCAAAUGCCUCGAAUGCGGGAAAGGGUUCUGUCAGUCACGGACAUUGGCGGUUCACAAAAUCUUACACAUGGAGGAGUCCCCACACAAAUGCCCAGUCUGUAGCAGAAGUUUCAACCAAAGGUCUAACUUGAAGACUCACCUGCUCACCCACACGGAUAUUAAACCAUACAACUGUUCGUCUUGCGGGAAGGUGUUUAGAAGGAACUGCGAUUUGAGACGUCACAGUUUGACACACAAUCUUGUCGGCAUGUCUUCUGUUAGUACGUCUCCUAGUGGAAGUAAUGGCAAAAGUCCUUUGCUUAAUCCUAAUUUUCCAAUAGAUAACAUAGACACUGAAGAUGAAAACUAAUAAGUCGAUAAUGUGGAGUACUUAGUGACAAGUGUUUUAAAAGACUGAUAAAAUAUGCUUACGAAGUUAAUGCCGUAAGUUGUAAAUAGUCAUAAAAUUACAUUUCAUUAGAAAAUUAUCAAUUAAAUAAGUAAAGAAAUAUAACUUUUAACAUUACAUCCAAGUUUUUGUGUUCUGAGCUAUUGUGUUUUAUUGGUGAUAAUUUUGGAAUUGGCAACUUCGAAGCAUUUAGAAUAAGACUUGCAAUAAGAUUAUUGAAAUCUUUGAAUUCUAUCUAGUAUUAUUUAGAAUAUAAGUUUCUAAAAUCUUGUAAAUUUUCUGAUCUCAUUUUUGUCUCUGUAUAUAUAAAUUAUGCCUAAGUCAAUUCUGUCCGUCCAUCAUAAUUGUUACUUGAAGUGUAUUAUAAAAUAAUUUGUGUAACAAUGAUUAUUUAAAAUGAAAAUGAAUUUAUAGUGCCUAAGUAAAAUUGUCUUCCUCUUAUGGAUGAGUAUUAAAUUUUUGAGUGUUGUACUGUUUAAAUUUAAUAUAAUUAAAUCGAUGACCUC